AUGGGGAGUAUUGACGCCAGCAAGCCAGCUUCUGGUUUCUCAUACCGGCAUCCGGUGUUGGGCGAGCUCCACGGGACGGGCAGAGGCAGCGACAUCGUGCAAUUUAGAGGCAUUCCUUUUGCAGAUAUCCCUGCUCGGUUCAGACAGUCAAUACUGAGGACAACCUUGCCAGGAGAGCCCUACGAUGCCACACAACCUGGUUCAACUUGCCCUCACACGGAGGCCCUUCCAUUUCCCGAUUUUUGGUCUGGGACACUGCCACCAGACGGCAUUGCACUGAGCAGACCGACAGCUGACGAGUUCAAGUGCCUGAACCUCAAUAUUACUGCACCCCUGAGUGCCCUUCAAGGCGCCAAGAAGGUCCCGGUGCUUGUCUUUAUCCAUGGAGGCGCCUUCAUGGUUGGGAGCUCGAGCAUUCAGGUGGCCAGUCGUGAGAUUUAUGACGGUCUGAGGCUAGUUCAGACAAGCAUUGCCUUGGGUCGACCACUCGUUGUGGUCACCAUCAACUACCGCGUGGGACCCCUUGGCUUCCUAGCCUCGUCAGCACUCGAGGCUUACAACAAGUCCUUUGGAGAAGCGGUUGGGAACUAUGGCCUUCAUGACCAGCGGCAGGCCCUGGAAUGGGUCUUCAAAUUCAUCGAUGGCUUCGGUGGAGACCCGAGCAUGAUCACCAUUCAAGGAGGUAGCGCUGGUGGUGCUUCAUGCCAUUUCCAGACACAGUUCAAAGACACCAAAAUCAAAAGAGCGAUAUUGUCGAGUGGUACGACAUUAGCCAUAGGAGCCAUGCCUCUCACCUAUCACGAAGAGCAGUUUAGCAAUUUUGCACGCAAGUACAGUCCAAUGGGUAGUAACGAUGUGAUCAGAGACUUGCAGUCGAUUCCAGCCCAGAGAUUUGUGGAGGAGACCCCGUCGGGCUUUUACAAUCCUGUAAUUGACAAUGACUGGAUCAAGGGGAGGACGGUUACCGACCUCAUUGAAAGGCCAACAUCAGUUGAGCUCAUGAUUGGCUCAUGCGCAUAUGAGCAAGAUCUGACGCUCGCUAUGCUCGGGGCGCUUGACCCGGCCAAUUCGAGCGACAAGGCCAUGCGAGACACAGCACUGACUAUGCUCAGGCCGAUCGGUCUCACGUCGAAGACGGAUGAGCUAUUCUCAGCGGAAGUCUUGGAAGCCUACGGCAUCCAAGAUACCGUUGAAACACCCACCAAAGAUCGCGAGACGUGGGCCGAAUUUGUUGCCGACCUGAUUUUCCGAAUCCCACCCUUUUUGAUAGCUCUCAAGGCUCAAAGCAAAACAUACGUGUACGAAUUUGAAUCGACGAACCCUUACCCUAAUUGGAAACUCGGCUACCGCAAAGCCAAUCACGCAAUCAGCGAUCUAUUCCUGUUCAACCCGGCCGCGGAUCUGGUAGGCGAGGAGCAUCAGAAGGAAUACUCCGGUGCGGUGCAUCAGCUUCAGCGAGAUUGGAUAUCGUUCUGCUAUGGUCAGUUAGAUUGGGAGCCCUUCAAGGCGGGCGAUGAAGAGAAACUCGGCCCAGUGUACACCUUUGCUAAUCAUGGUGCUGGUGGCAAGACCGAGACCCUUGAGGCAGUUGUGGGAAAGAAGCUGCUGACGAGGUGGAGAGCAGCGCUCACGGUUGCGGAGACAUAA